AGCGUUUUUACUGGCUGUGCGCAGCGCCGAGUCCCGACUGCCAGUCAUUUGCAAGGGCAUAGUGAACUCAAGUGAGCUGGGUUUUUGAGCCAACCAGCCACACCCAGCGCCUUCCACUUUGUUCCCACUGCCAGAAGCAAAAGCAUUCGUUAACCAUGUCGCUUGUCAUCGGGCCGGACUUCCAGCACAUUCUGCGUAUUCUUAACACCAACAUUGAUGGUCGCCGUAAGGUGUGGGUCGCUCUGACCGCCAUCCAGGGUGUGGGCCGCCGUUUCUCCAUCAUGGUCUGCAAGAAGGCUGAGGUGGACAUCACCAAGCGUGCCGGUGAGCUGACCAACGACGAGAUUGAGCGCGUCGUGGCCAUUAUCCAGAACCCCCUGCAGUUCAAGAUCCCGGUGUGGUUCCUUAACAGACAGAAGGACUUCAAGACGGGCAAGCACUCGCAGGUCGUGGCCAACAACCUGCAGGGCAAGUGGCGCGAGGACUACGAGCGUCUCAAGAAGAUCUACGCUCACCGUGGUCUGCGUCACUGGUGGGGCCUCAAGGUGCGCGGUCAGCACACCAAGACCACCGGCCGUCGUGGCCGCACGGUCGGCAUCCUUGGCGGCAAGUAAGUUGCUGCUGGGUGACGCUUUCUGGCUUUGUUCCCUCGUGGAGAUUGCUGAGAUUCUGGCAUUAUUGUGGUGGACGAUGAUCCCCGCGUUUCAACGCGCGGGGUGACCUAAGCGAAUUCAACAAGAUCGACAACUCUUGCUGCUUCUUCUAAUUGGACUACUCUUUGGCUUAUGUUGCAGUUAGUGUUCUGUUUCACAGGUGUGGCAGUUAUAUUGGAGUUAGCUACAGGUGUUGGAAUGCACUGGUGACGACUGCAAUGAGAGUUCAUUGGCAAAAUUGCAAAAGUGCUGCGAUAGAUCUAUUGAUCAUGUUACAGCUACAUGCAUCGUUUACGUCUUCAC